UUAAAAGCUAUCUAGUUAUAAGUAAAAAUAUCUUGUUUUUAAUUACUUAUUAUAAGGAAAACAACAAGUUUUAAACUUAGAAAAAUCCGUACUGCUUUUAAAUAAAUAACGGGUCUAAUUCCCUUAAGGGUUUAAUUAAAUUAAUAUAUUUCUUUUGUAACUAGAACUAGUUUUCUGUAAUUUCCAGUUUCAUGUUUCCUAAUGGGAAAAUAAUAUAUAAAUUAAUAAUUCUAGUUUAAGCACCUAUUGUUAAAGUUGAACUGUCCUACGACCGAUCUAUUUAGUUCAAUGACUAAUUUUUAUCAAUUGCGAUUUCACCAAACAAUUAUAAACCUGACUCAGACCAACAAAAAAUAUAGCAAAAAGUACUUUAGUAGGUUGCUCUACGCUGUAUCGGCUCUACUGUGUAUUUCGCUUUAUCUCGAGAACGGUACACUGACACUUAACUUGCCAGUCGGGGCCAGGUGUCGCGCGCGGACGUCCGGCGUAUACCGUUCUCAUGUUGCAGAGCAAGACUGAAGACGAACCGAUGGUUACCAAGAAGAAGUCCAAGAUACCAUGCUUAUCUCUGUCUUCGUUCCUCCCGGCACUUGAGGCGGUCACAGCAGCAGUCACAAUGCCGGGGGGAGGGGGUGCCCCUCCCGGAACACCAUCGGCAAAGCCAAAGGACAAGCCAAGAACCAAAGUAGUUGUGGCUCUUUACCCGUUUAAAGCAAUUGAAAGCGGUGACCUUUCUUUAGAAAAGGGCGCUGAAUAUGAAGUUAUUGACGACUCCCAAGAACACUGGUGGAAAGUGAAGGACGAAAAUGGGUCAGUUGGGUACAUACCCAGCAACUACGUGAAAGAGAAAGAAACGAUCGGGUUGCAGAAAUACGAAUGGUAUGUUGGCGAGAUGUCUCGGCAACGUGCCGAAUCUCUGCUCAAACAAGAGGACAAGGAAGGAUGCUUUGUCGUUCGUAAUUCCUCUACUAAGGGCAUGUACACGCUCUCUCUAUAUACCAAAGUUAAUCACCCACAGACGAAGCAUUACCACAUAAAACAGAACAGUCGCGGAGAAUUUUAUCUAUCGGACAAGCAUUGUUGCCCCAGCAUCCCCGAGCUGAUAAACUACCACAAGCAUAACAGCGGCGGCCUCUGCUCCCGGCUGAAGGCCACGCCUUGCGAUCGGCCUGCGCCCCCCACUGCGGGUCUUUCGCACGACAAAUGGGAGAUAGACCCAUCAGAGUUGGUCCUAUUAGAAGAACUAGGAGCGGGUCAGUUUGGUGUAGUACGGCGCGGUAGAUGGCGCGGUCGUAUAGACACCGCGGUGAAGAUGAUGAAGGAAGGCACUAUGUCCGAAGAUGACUUCAUCGACGAGGCCAAAGUCAUGACUAAACUCCAACAUCAGAAUCUCGUACAACUAUACGGAGUGUGUUCCAAACAUCGUCCUAUAUACAUAGUGACGGAGUACAUGCGGCACGGUUCCCUUUUCAAUUACCUUCGACGCACAUCGCCCGACCAAUUAGGGCCCGCUGUACUACUCGAUAUGUGUAUACAGGUCUGCAAAGGAAUGGCAUAUUUAGAAAGGCAUAACUACAUUCAUCGGGAUUUAGCCGCAAGAAAUUGUUUAGUCGGUGAUGAAAAUGUCGUUAAAGUGGCAGACUUUGGUUUGGCGCGAUACGUGUUGGACGAUCAAUACACGAGCUCGGGAGGCACCAAGUUCCCUAUCAAGUGGGCACCGCCUGAAGUACUGAACUACACGAGGUUCUCCUCCAAAUCUGAUGUUUGGGCUUUCGGUGUACUGAUGUGGGAAGUUUUCACGUGCGGUAAGGUCCCCUACGGCAGGAUGAAGAAUUCAGAUGUCGUGGACAUGGUUCAAAGGGGACAAGUUCUAGAAAAACCUAAAGGAUGCCUCAAUGAAAUUUACAAUGUGAUGCUAGCUUGUUGGCGGCACAUGCCCGACGAGCGGCCGUCGUUCCGUGUGCUGAAGGACGAGUUGGCGGGCGUCGCGCACGCCGUUCUGGCUGAUUGA